AUCGGGGAAUCCCAGAUGGCGCUCGCCCUGCCGUCCCGUACCUGGCAGCUCUCCGCCGGCAAGGCCGCCGUCCGGGCGGAAGCACUUCCAUCACUCGAGCUGACACAGAACGUCCAGCUUAACAAAGAAAUGACGCUCGCCAGCAACCGGAGCCUGGCCGAGGGGAACCUCCUGUACCAGCCCCAGCUGGACGCGCGGAAGGCGUGCUUGACCCAGAAAUACCAGGAGCUGCAGGUGCUGUUCGAAGCCUACCAGAUCAAGAAGACCCAGCUAGACAGACAGCCCAGCAGUGCUUCCUUGGAGACCCUGUUAGCACUUCUUCAGGCCGAAGGAGCCAAGAUUGAGGAAGACACGGAGGACAUGGCAGAGAAGUUUCUUGAGGGAGAGCUGCCUCUGGACUCUUUCAUCGACGUCUACCAGAGCCAGCGGAAACUGGCCCACGUGCGGAGAGUGAAGAUCGAGAAGCUGCAGGAGAUGGUGCUAAAGGGGCAGAGACUCCCGCAGGCUCCGGCCCCACUGUCGUCCAGGGUGCCCGAGCCAGUGCCCGCCGCCCCGGAGGCCAGCGGGCCCCCCUCCGUCAUGCCUCGGCGCAUCCCGCCCCCUGUGCCUGCAGGACGCUUAGCCACGCCGUUUACUGCUGCCAUGGGCUCAGCACAGGCCCCGCUGUACCCUCCCCUGCCCCCCCGCAUGGGCCUCCCCGCGCAGUUUGUGUCGCCAUACCCACCACCUCUCCCCCAGAGACCCCCGCCCCGGCUGCCUCACCAGCCAGGCUUCAUCCUGCAGUGAGGGUCCCCGUCCAUCCGUCCUGGGAGACUCGCGCCAGCCUGCUGGCCGGGCCCACACUUGGGAGGGAGCGAGGCCCAGGGCCCAGUGGCGUCUGCUGUGAGCACUAGGUGGGGUGAGUAGUGUGGGGCCCUGGUUCGUGCUGGUGCCAGUUUGCAGUCUCCAUUCUCGUGCGGUUUGUGUUGUGAGCUCACGAACCUGGGGAAGCUGCCCUCCCUCCCCUUUAGAAUCAUGGUCCUCCCGUCGCAGCUUUUGCGGUCAGCAUGGUUCCUGGUUUCUGCUUUAUUUUCACGACAGUUUGUCCCAGCCUGUCCCAGCCCAGUGAGGGUCGGCCGAGGGGCCAGCCCUAGAAGGUGCUCACUGAGUCUGUGGGGUGACAGCUCCCCACUCCUCCAAAACCUCAGUCCUUCAAAGCCAUCUCGCAGGUUUGCACUUGGCUCACUGCUCAGUGAGGUGGGCGGAGCUGGACUUUGCACAUCGCUGUCCUCCCAGCUCCCCCCACCCCCCCCUCAGCCGGUCCCAGGGUUUCUAUGAAGAAAUACUCCAAUAUUUUUACUACGUGUGUAAAUUUCCUGUUUUAUAUUGGGGAAGAAAACUUUUUGACACAAAACCAUUCAGGGAAACUUUAUAAAAAAUGCACAUUGUUUUGAGCAGAUGGAAGUGUAGGUGACAUGAAUCCUGUUACAGGCGGCGGGUGCACAGCUUCACCGGUGCCAUGGGGGCUGCCCCAGGCCAUGGGGUGGCUGCAGCCCCCAGCUGCCUUCAGGAAGGGCACUUCACACUGUGUUGUAAGAAGUUCGUGCCCUGAACCAGGGUCCUCUUAGCCAAUAUUCUCAGCCUCUGGCUGGGCCCUGGGAAGAGAGGGUGCCAAGCUAGGACACUCUUCCUGCCCCUCCAGGUUCUCGGCUAUAGGUGCCACACGUGCUGAAUUCCGAGGUGGGGGGUGUGUCACCACCUACCUGUGGACAAACAGGCCAGGUGCUCAGGUGGGGAACUCCUGGCUGCUGCCGAAGCUCAGACAGUCUGUCCCAGUGGCCACGGGUGAGGCCACCACCUUUGUACUCAGUGUCCACACAGUUCUCCUGGACUUGAACUCUACUGUAUUGUACCUGUUUUCAGAGAAACAGAGCUGUAUAGGACCAUUUGCUGCCAUGCCAGUCAGGGGCGCCUGCCAUGUUCUGUGAACCCUGAGAGCAGUGCCACCCACCCCAUACCUCUGCCGCCGAGCAGGACGCAGCUGACAUGGGCUCCGUGUGGAUGUGGCGAAGGGGCUGCCAGGCCGGCCACGCCAUUACUCCGGGGCCAUGUCUGAGCUGUGGUGAGGCCGUGGGACCCUUUUUAAUAAAUAGAGAAUUGUUACUAA